UUCGUGCUGUGCCCCUGCUGCGGCGUUUCGUCCUGCUGAUGGGCCGCGCGGCGCCUAUUUUAUCAACGAACCGUCUGUCCCGGCCGCGAAAAAAUCAUUUUAGUGAAUGAAAAUGCGCCGACCCGAACGGAAGAUCGCGCACAAUUCGAUUUAGCGAGCCCUGGUCGUAUUGAGAACCCGAUAAAACUGAAAACUUUUUCUGCUCUGCCACCCAAACAACACACCAUGUCCAAUAAUGAUCAACAUUUACGUAAAAGAUUCAAAGAUCGUUCAACAUCACCACAGUCACCGUUUGGACAGGAAGAGAAAGAAAAGACGAAAGUAGAGAAGCCAUAUCCAAGCGACUACAUGUUAUGGGUUUUCGUUUUGAUGAUUAUCGUUUUCCUUGGAGUGAUAAUUGUCGAAAAACAAUUACCAAAAGGGCUGAAGGUGGCCGAAGAACACCGUUAUAAAAAUCGUUUUGUCGCUGAACGAGCUUACGACCAUUUAAAAAAAUUAACAGCUUUGGGGCCACGAGUAACCGGAAGUCAUGUAAACGAAAUCGAAGCGGUGAACUUGCUCAAAACGGAAAUUGGGGAGAUUAUGAAAAAUUCUAAAUCGCAUCACGUGAUUGAAUUGGAUGUACAGACGGUCGACGGAUCAUUUGCUUUACAAUUUUUGGAUGGGAUGACCAAUACUUACAGUGGAUUACAAAAUGUUGUCGUUAAAAUUGGGUCACGUAUUAAUUCGCCUCAUAGUUUGUUGAUCAAUUGUCAUUUUGAUAGCGUUCCUGACAGUCCUGGUGGAAGCGAUGAUGGAGCAGGAUGUGCUGUUAUGUUGGAAAUGUUGAGGGUCAUUUCUCAAUCGGAGAAAACAUUAAAACAUAACAUCAUUUUCUUAUUUAAUGGUGGUGAGGAGAAUUUUCUUCCAGCUUCUCAUGGGUUUAUUACCCAGCACAAAUGGGCUAAAGAGAUUAGAGCUUUUAUAAAUUUGGAAGCAUGCGGGGCCGGUGGGAGGGAAGUUCUUUUUCAAGCAGGACCAAAUCAUCCCUGGCUUUUGGAAACGUACUCCGAAGAAGUGCCUUACCCUUACGCUUCAUCCCUAGCGCAAGAAAUCUUCCAAAGCGGUGUCAUCCCCGGUGAUACCGAUUAUAGGAUUUUUAGGGACUUUGGAAAUUUAUCAGGAUUGGAUUUCGCUUGGUCAUCAAAUGGAUACGUUUAUCACACCAAAUUCGAUUCGAUCGAUCAAAUUCCCUUGGGAUCGUUGCAAAGGACUGGCGAUAAUAUUUUGUCGUUAGCUCUGGGCAUGGCUCAAGGUCACCAAUUGUCGGAUGUUGAAAACUAUAAAGCCGGAAACUUGGUGUUUUUUGAUUUUCUGGGAGCUUUCGUAAUCCGGUGGCCUAUGAUGGUCUCCGAUAUUAUCAAUACGCUAUCUGUGAUAUUUUCUGUUUACUCGGUAUUGAGAAAUGUAAAGGAACAUUCCAACGUAAUUUCAAAAAGGCAAUAUUAUACUAGAGUACUUAAGGCAAUGGGAGCCAUAGUAAUGACAUGGGUGCUAGCAGUGUUAACAGCAGUACUAAUCGCAAUAAUGUUAAACGUUCUGGAUCGAAAAAUGGCUUGGUAUGGGAAACCGGUAUGGGUUUUCUUUUUGUACAUGGUGCCUACGGCUUUGGUAGCGAUUGCUGUCAUAUUCGCACACGCUAAAUACACUCAUAAAGACAUUGAUGUGUGGCCAUGGACAAUAUUCCAAAUUUAUUACGACGCUUAUCUAUUACAUUUUACAUUACUACUAGGACUCGGUACGUUAUUGCGAAUAAGAUCGAGUUUUAUUCCAUUAUUAUGGGUCGUAUUCGCUACCGCCGGAAACGUAAUCCGGUCAAUUUUUUUGAAAAGACAACGUGGGAAGAAAUGGUUAUUUUUACAUAUCGGAGUAAUGGGGUUACCGUUCGUUCAAUCGUUUUAUUUAUUUGUGUGCGCCUUGUACCUAUUUAUUCCAAUUAUGGGUAGAGCUGGUGCUGGAAAUAAUUCGGAAGUAUUAAUCGCCGUUAUGGUCAGUUUUUUGAUCGCGUUAAGAAUAAGUUUUGCUGUUCCUUUAAUUUUAAUCGUACGAGACGUCCAGAAGAUUUUUAGGAUAUUAUUGGGAAUAUUUUUGCUCUCUAUUGGAAUGUUAUUAUUGACUACUGCCGGAUUUCCUUAUUCAGGAGAACCUGGUGCUUUAGCACCGCAAAGAUUUAUGCUCUGUCACGUGCAAAGAACAAUGCAUGAUAAUUCCGGUGAUGCCCCAAAAACAUCUUCUGGUUAUUGGGUAAUAGACAUGGACAUAAAUAGCCCUUAUUCAGUACACAGAUACGUUCCUGAAAUGUACGUAGCAAAUCCAGUGGACGAAGACUGCAAAAAAUACUUGUUUUGUGGAUUACCUUACCUAGUUCCGGUGAUGAGUAUGAUUUGGAAAACUCAUUUUAUCUCGGCACCUCCACCAAAUUUAGAAAAGCAAGUUACCGCGAACAUUACAAGAUAUAAAAUAGAUGUCGGAGAGCGAAUUACAAUUAAAUUGGACGGUCCAGUUCAAACGUCAGUGAUGUUUUCUCCAGUUCCCGGAGUUCAACUUCGCAAUUGGAGUUUACCCAGUGAACCUCUCGUGUCAGCAACUCCUUGGAACGGAAGAGACAAUUAUUUCGUGUUUUACGGUGUCGGAAUUAAACACGUACCUUUAAAUCUUGCCAUGGAUUUUGUAGUUCCUAAAGGUCAUCAAGGACCGAUUGUUGAUUUGGCCGUUGGAGGACAGUACUUUUUCGGUUCUUCUAAGGUUUCAACUAAACAAUUCCAAGAAUUUUUAAAUAAAUUCCCAUCGUGGACGGCCAUAACUUCUUGGUCAGCAUCUUAUGAGUCGUGGGUUCUUUAAAUUGAUUUAGAAUAUUGAUCAAAGAAUAGUUCAAAAAAGGAAAGGUUGUUAUUGAAAGAUUAUAAUUUUUUUUUGUGAUAACGUAGUUGAUUGUUAUUGUUAUGUAAAGAGAACAAUUUACGUAUGUUAAAAAAAUGAGUUAAUUUUCUCGGUUUUUCCGGGGUAAUACAUUUUUUGUAUUUAGACUGUUAUUUUG